UUUUUCCAUGAACAAACCCCAUACCAAGUUCUUACAUCUUCACAUACUUUUUUCUCUCUCAUACCCAAUCCGGGCGAUUAUUUUUCUGCGAUUUAAUCGCAUCUGGUCGCGUUCUCAACAAACGCAAGAAGAUUAAUCAUGUCUAAAUUUUUCGUAAGCGGUGGAGGAACAGCGACAGUGGGUCUAUUGAUGCUAUGGGCACUCUGGUUUUCAACACCCAGAUUCCCAGUCCCAUGGGAAAACGCUCGGGUCCCGGAAGAAAUCUCCACGGCGUUCAUAACCAUUCCGAUUAGUAACUGCAGCUCAAACACCACCAUCAUACACCACGACCCAACCAACACGACCGGUUACUUUUCAUACGACGACCCUGAUAACGCAACCUUCUACGACGACCCAGAUUUGGGUUACACUUUGGAAUCACCCAUCAACGAUUGGGACCAGAAACGUCAGGUUUGGCUUAACCAUCACCCGUCGUUGGCAGCCGGAGUGGGUGACCGGAUAUUCGUUCUGACCGGUUCUCAGCCGUGGGCGUGUAAAAAUCCAAUCGGAGACCAUUUCUUGCUGAGAUUGUUUAAGAAUAAGGUUGAUUAUUGUAGGAUUCAUGGGUAUGAUUUGUAUUAUAGUGAUGCUUUUAUGCAGCCAAAGAUGACUACUUUCUGGGCUAAGCUUCCUGUUGUUAGGGCAACGAUGGUGGCCCAUCCGGAAGCUGAAUGGAUUUGGUGGGUCGAUUCAGAUGCGGUUAUAACAGACAUUGAUUUCAAGUUUCCAUUAGAGAAGUACAAGGAACAUAACCUUGUUGUCGAUGGUUGGCCGAAUCUUAUUUAUGAGAACCGGAGCUGGAUCGGGCUUAACGCCGGCGUGUUUCUUAUCAGGAACUGUCAAUGGUCUCUAGAUUUUAUUCGGGUAUGGGCUAAUAUGGGUCCAAUGGGACCCGAUUACAAAAAGUGGGGACAGAUUUUAAAACAAACCCUGAAGGACAAAUCAUACCCAGAUUCCGACGACCAAUCUGCCUUAAUCUAUCUUCUAUUAGAACAAAAGGAAUCAUGGGCAAAUCGGAUUUACAUUGAGAAUAAGUAUGCUUUAAGUGGGUUUUGGGGUGGGUUAGUGGAUUCAUUUGAGAAUAUUACAAAGGGAAUAGAGGAGAUUGAAAAAGGGGAUAAGAGAUUGAGUAGACGGCACGCAGAGAAGGUUCGAGAAAGGUAUGGACGGCUGAAAGAGGAGGUUUAUGUGAAAGCAGGAAUCACUCGCCGGCCAUUUGUGACCCAUUUCACCGGAUGUCAGCCGUGCAGCGGCGAACAUCCGUCGUACUCCGAUGAAGCUUGUUGGGGUGGAAUGAAGAAAGCUUUGGAUUUUGCUGAUGAUCAGGUGGUUCGUGGAUUCGGGUUCAGGCGGAUUGAUGAUCGAAAUGGGUCAGAGAUUCUUCAGCCAUUGCCGCCGCCGCCGGCCAAUGCUUCAGCUUGAUCGGAUCUCCGACUAAAACGGGUAAUUACCUUGUUUUUUGCCGGUGUAUUUGUUUGCAAUAUGUAGCUAAUAUUGACUGUAUCAAUUAAAGUAAUUUAUUUUUAUGUAGAUUUUGUUUUUACUUGAAUGAAUUUUUUACUCCUUA